AUGGCUCAGCAGAGAGGCCCUUCUUACGGCCUGGGCGCCGGCGGUCCUCCGUCCUUCGGCGGCCCGAAUGCAGACACCUCCGAGUCCAGCCCCUUGGACAUGAUCCGUGAACAGACGAGCAAGAUUGAGGACUUUCUCGACUCCGUCAGCGAGCCCAUCAAGCCUCACCUGCCCGUGAUUGGCCGCUUCCUCAUCGUCGUCACUUUCCUCGAGGAUGCCAUUAGAAUCAUUACCCAGUGGAGCGACCAGCUCCUCUAUCUCCACGACUACCGCCACAUUCCCUCCGGUAUCACGCACCUGUUCCUCAUUGUCAAUGUUCUCGCCAUGGUCGCCUGCUCCAGCCUUGUUAUCAUCCGCAAGUACUCUGACUACGCCGUCGCCGGCCUCAUGGGUGUUGUCGUCACCCAGGCCCUCGGAUAUGGUCUGAUCUUCGACCUCAACUUCUUCCUGCGCAACCUGUCUGUCAUUGGCGGUCUGCUGAUGGUCCUCUCUGACUCGUGGGUUCGCAAGAGCAAGGCCUUUGCCGGCCUGCCCCAGCUUGACGAGAAGGACCGCAAGAUGUACUUCCAGCUUGCCGGCCGUGUCCUGCUCAUCUUCCUCUUCGUUGGCUUCAUCUUCAGCGGCACGUGGUCCAUCUGGCGCAUCAUCACCUCCAUCAUUGGCUUCGUCGCUUGCGUGAUGGUUGUCGUCGGCUUCAAGGCCAAGUUCAGCGCCACCCUGCUUGUCCUCAUCCUCAGCAUCUUCAACAUCCUCGUCAACAACUUCUGGACUCUGCACGAGCACCACCCCCACAAGGACUUCGCCAAGUACGACUUCUUCCAGAUCCUCUCCAUCGUCGGCGGUCUCCUCCUGCUCGUCAACGCCGGCCCUGGCCAGUUCUCCAUCGACGAGAAGAAGAAGGUUUACUAA